AGACGCUUGAUUUCUCCUGCAAAAGAUUCUGUAAUAAUCUUAAAAUAGUCAAAACAGCCAAAAGAAAAAUAGUAAAGAAAGGAAACUACUGACCCCGGAUAUCCAUUCAAUCAUUCAUACAUGAAAAUUGGGUGAAACACCAAAUUCCUCUCCCUCUUGCUUCUUGAUCAUGGAGAUUCUAUUGCGUGUUCUGAUUCUGAUCUUCUCCAUCUUGAUUGCUCCAUUACUAUACCUCCAGCGAAAGGAGAACAAACAGCCUCCAAGUCCACCAGCCCUUCCAAUUGUAGGCCAUCUCCACCUCUUGAGAAAUACUGCUCCUCACUUGGCAUUUCAUAAGCUCUCCAUCAAGUACGGUCCCCUGGUUUCCCUUCGUUUUGGGAUUCGCCGCAUCCUUGUUGUGUCUUCUCCAUCACUUGCAGAGGAAUGCUUUUCCAAGACUAAUGAUAUCGUCUUUGCAAACCGGCCUGAGUCCAUUUCCAGUAAGCACCUUGGCUACAACCACACUACUCUUGUUUUCUCCCCGUACGGAGAUCACUGGCGUAACUUACGCCGACUGACCGCCAUCCAUAUCUUUUAUUCAAUCAGUCUCCUCCAGUCCUCCUCAAUUUGGACAAAUGAAAUGCGUUUUAUUGUCAAAAAACUAUUCUCAAGUUGCUCUGAUGAGAAAAGUUGGAAAGUCGUGGACCUGAAUUCUUUGUUCUUGGAACUGGUUUUCAAUGUGGUAAUGAAAAUGAUUGCUGGCAAAAGAUGGCCAUUCGAUCAGUUAGAUGAUGCAUUUACGCCGAGUACAUUCUCGGAUAUUUGUGAUUAUAUUCCAAUUUUCAGGUGGAUUGGUUUUAGAGGGCAGGAGAAGAGUUCGAUUAACUUGCAGAGAAAAAGAGACAAAGUUCUGCAGGAUCUGAUUGAAGAAACUCGGAAAAGGAAUGGUGAAGAUGUUUCAUGUUCAACUAAAACAAAAGAAAUUAUUCAAGCGUUGUUGUCUCUACAAGAUGCUGAUCCUGAAUACUACACAAAUGAAACUAUCAAAGGAAUAAUGCAAAUUAUGUUUACAGCAGGAACACACACUUCAGCUUUUACCAUGGAGCGCGCAAUGUCAUGUCUGUUAAAUCAUCCAGACAUAUUACAGAAAGCAAAGAAUGAAAUCGACGACCAAGUCACAUACUCCGGGCGUUUGCUGGAGGAUUCAGAUCUCUCCAAAUUGCCAUAUUUACGUUGUAUAAUUAACGAAACACUUAGAAUUUUUCCUCCUGAACCAACUCUUGUACCACAUUAUUCAUCUGAAGAUUGCAUCAUUGGAGGCUACAAAAUUGCUAAAGAUACAACUCUGUUUGUUAAUGCUUGGGCGAUUCACAGAGACCCUAACUUAUGGGAAGAGCCAAGCGAGUUCAAGCCAGAGAGGUUCGAGGGUUUGGAUGAAGGAUUUAAAUUUCUUCCAUUUGGAAAAGGGAGGAGGGCUUGUCCAGGGGCUGCAAUGGCUAUGAGAUUUGUUGGAUUGGCGGUGGGCACUUUGGUUCAAUGCUUUGAGUGGGAAAGUGCAGAAUCUCAAAUGGUGGAGUUUGAUGAAAAAUCCGGCGUCACUUUGGGCAAGACCAAGCCUUUGGAGGUAUUGUACAAGCCACGCCUUUCCAUGGUCAGCUUAAUUUCUCAACGUUGAGUUUAUAUAAUAAUUUGUUUUUAAGGUAAAACAGAGACAAAUUUAAUACUUUAUCUUUUUUUUUUAGAAACGAUAGAAAUUUUAUUUCUAAUAUUAAGGAAACAACAAUACAUUGUAUGAGCAAGGACUCAAACUUAG